CGUACAGGUGUGCUCCCGGAAGUGCCUGUCUGUCCUCCUCAGGUGGCUACGGAUGUGACGGCGGGUGUCUCCAGGGAGUUACCGGAAGCUGGUUACAGGUGUGAGGGCGUCACAUGAAUAGCCGUGUGGGCGGAGCCGGAGAGUUUCGGGCAGGUGAGAAGCCGUCUGGAAUCGAUAGAUUGAUGGGCUGCAGCCGGAGGUGAUCUGUGACAGCAGCUGUACCCGCCGGCUCAGUUAGAGAACGUCUGCCACCGAUGGAUCCUUCUAUAAUUCCACUACUCCUCUCCGCUGUCACCUACCUGUCCCUGGUCAUCGCAAACGAUACCAAUGGCACGACUGUCCCGGCUACCACUUCAUCACAGAACCGGCUAACGGAAUCUGAACGACUGGCAGCCAUUAUUGUCCCAUCGGUUGUGGGUGGCAUUAUCUUAAUCGGCAUUCUUGUCUUCAUUAUCAUAAAAGUAAAAGAGAAACGUCAGACAGAGGGGACAUACAGGCCAAGCAGCGAAGAGCAGACCGGAUCCAGGAUACCUCCCAACAGUGCCUUGAAACUUCCUCCCGAGGAACGGCUGAUAUGACCAGUUCCCUUCCUAUGCCGAGAACAGACUCUCAAUUGAAGGGGGUGGCGGACACCCAGAGACUCUCAUUGGCCUAGAGAGACUCAGUCAGUGCGACUUUGCUGCCAAGACCACUGGAUCAAGCAAAAGCCUACCUGAUGGCUGCAGACCAUCGGAGGUCUUCACCUGAUGGCUACAGACCAUCGGAGGUCUUCUUUCUGCAUUACUGUGUUCUGAUGGCACCCAUCCAAACCACUGCAAGCCAUGAAGCUAGGGAUUGAUCAUUAACCUGUAAGAAUGGAUUGUAUAUGUUCGGUGGGGGUUUGCUUUUGCUUGGGGCCAUAAAAAGGUUCAUCACCGUCCGUGUCUUCACACCCCUAUGAUCUUAUUUCAUCAAGAAUACUUUCCUAGCAUCCAGUUGGUCGCUGCACCCUCUAUGGGCUUCAUGAGAGAACUGCAAGUCUUCACAUGGUUGGUCAUCCAGCAGUAUUUAGGAAGCUGGUUUGUAGGGGCCAAUACCACAGCCACUUUUUUACUAGUUUAAAGAGCCUUUUCAUCAUAUUUUUUUGUUCCCCGUUUUGGGAGGAGUGGAGGAAGUUUUGAUCCUCUGCCUUUUACUACUAUGUGGGACCUUGAUGCAGAGAUCUCCCCAUACCCCCCCUUCUUCUCUCUACCCACUUGAUUUUAUUAUAUCUCCAUAUGUUAUAAUGUAGUGUCUGUUAGAGGUCACACAGUACAGUAUUUUCAUGCACUACACCCUCUCGUGGAUCCUCUAAAACAGGGGUCUCAACCUGGUGGCCCUCCAGCUGCUGCGGAAGUCCCAUCGUACCUCUGCCUGACGGAGUCAUGCUUGUAACUGUCAGCUUUGCUAUGCCUCAUGGGACUUGUAGUCUCGCAACAGAUGAAGGGCCGCCAAUUUGAGACCUCUGCUUUAAAAAGGAAUGUAUGGAGUUCCUACAGGCCAGUGACAACAGUGGCUCAGCUGAAAAGCCAAGCUUGGCCUAUCACUGAGGUGGCCGUGGCAUUGAUGGAGGAUGAUGGGUCCAGGUCGGUAAUAAAAGCUCUUAGAGGGCAUACAGUACAGUAUUUCCAUGCAUUGCACCCUCUCGUUGAUCCUCUGUAGGAAUGUAUGGAGAUCUGCAGGCCAGUGACAACCAUAGCUCAUCUGAAAAGCCAAGCUUGGCCUGCCACUGAGGUGGCUGUUGUGUAGAUGGAGGGUGAUAAAUCAUUCUCCAGUCUACCUGGAACCAAGAAAACCAUCCAUAAAAUGUACCCGUACAGACAGGGAUCUCGCGAGCUGAACUGAACACAACUACUUGGCCUAGACCACCCAUGUUGUAGGCUGAGUUAGUAUUAUGAGAGAGCAACCUAUCAAUUCUCUAAGGAUAACACUAGCUGCCAUGUGCCUUAAUGACAUACAAUAAGCCCGGGUCUUCUAUUAAUUAUGCCAACAAAAGACACAGUAGGGCUUAUUUUCGGGGUAGGUCUUACCAUGUAAUGUACUGUGU